AUGGUUACCAGGUGUCCCACCACGCUGCCCGUGGCCACGCCCACUCGAGCGGCACGGUGUCGGCCAUCUUGGUGUCGCUGCUGCUGGCGGGCGUGCUGGCGGGGCUGGCCUACUACGUCUUCAAGCACAAGACGGACGCCUUCCGCUUCCAGUACUUCAAAAACGACGACGAGGACAAUCCUGCUGGGGGUUCCAGCAAGCCUGCCCUGGUCUCCAUCCCGAACCCUUUGUACAGCGGCUCCAGGGCCUUCGCCGAGCCCUUUGGGGAGGCCAGUCAGGGACCGGAGCAUGCCGAACCAGAAGAACCUCCAAAGAUUCUGGACCUGGACCAGUAAAAACUGUAGUCGGUGUGGUGACUGGAAUCCUGGUCUCCGACCAGCGACCAAUCAAAGCAGGACAAAGUGAUUGUCAAUAAAGUUGCACUAAUCUAUCA